AUGGAGCUUUUGGCUUUGCAGGUUGCCCCUUUUUCGGGGAACACCAUUUUCCUUAGAAGCUCCAACCAGGAGCUGGGAGCGUCUACCUGGAAAAGGCUGGAAGGUUUCAUCUUCGUCCUAUUCUUCCUCCAAACUACCACUGCUGACCAAAGUUUUGGACGAGUAGCAGUUAUCAAGGUUUCCAUACAAAGUAAUGAUGAUGAUGAUGAUGAUGAUGAUGGUAAUACCUGGUAUUUGGGAUCCCAGCCACAAGGAAAGAAGAGGUGGCUUUUUCCAGGAAUCCGACAGGAUGGACCUGUUGUCUGCAGACCUACAGCACAGCAGAGCACGGGUGAAGGCACCGUGCAGCCCUUGCUGAGCUCCUGCUCCAAGUCUCGUCCUGGUCAACAGCGAGGGCGGCUGCUGCUGGUGCUGCUGCCGCUGCGCUGCCUCCUGCUGGGGCUGCUGGGCGGCGGCGGCGGCGGGCAGCCCGGCGGCGGGGAGUACUGCCACGGCUGGGUGGACGGGCAGGGCGGCUACCACGAGGGUUUCCAGUGCCCCGAGGGCUUCGACACGGCGGCCGCCACCAUCUGCUGCGGCUCCUGCGCGCUGCGCUACUGCUGCGCCGCCGCCGAGGCCCGCCUGGAGCAGGGCGGCUGCACCAACGACCGGCAGACCCCGGACCCGGGAGUCACCGCCCAGCCCAUCUACGUGCCGUUCCUCAUAGUCGGAUCAAUAUUUAUCGCCUUCAUUAUCGUGGGCUCUCUGGUGGCGGUUUAUUGCUGCACCUGUUUAAGACCUAAGCAGCCUUCGCAGCCGAUACGCUUCUCUCUCCGGAGCUACCAGACCGAGACUCUUCCCAUGAUCCUGGCCUCGACCAGCUUCAGGACGCCGUCGAGGCAGUCGAGCACGGCCACCAGUUCCAGUUCGGCCAGCGGUUCGGUUCGCAGGUUCUCCUUCGCCCGGGCAGAGCCGGGGUGCCUCGUGGCGUCACCACCGCCGCCCUACACAUCUGGCUGCUUCCAGCCAGCCCACGCCGCCCACCUGAACCAGCCAUCGGGAUUUCUGGUGUCGCCGCCGUACUUUGGGUACCCGAUCCAGCCAGAGCCUGCCCUAGCUGGGAAGAGCUGCUCUGAUUUUGGCCAGAGCUGAAAGGAGUCGCCACGGAGUAACGCAGCCCUAGGGAGCACAAGGACUGCUGCCAUGGGCGUCGCACGCGAUGCCAGAAGUCAGAACCGUUCCCGUGGGUGAGUUGCCCUUGAAAAGUGCAAGAUUUCAGAAACCCAGCCUUCAGUACUUUCCCGAGCUUGGAUCGCAGUUACAAACGAAUUAUAAAAUGUUCCAGUCUUAGUUCGACUGCUCUGAUAGUUCAGUCUAAUGCGUGCAGAACAUAUUCAGAGACAAAUGGAAAAAAAAAAUGGGAUAAAGUUACUCAUUUCUUGGAGCUAUAAAUGAUGCUUUAACCCUAAAUGAUAUUAACUUAGUUAACAAACUGACUGUAUUCCACGGACCCAAUAAUCAGAAUAGUGCUAUAAAGCAGCAGUCAGACUGAGAAGUAACAGAGAAGUAACGUACUAAACCGAAGAGUUUGUGGAUCCUAAACCAGCUGACUGCUUCCACUUCCACGAGCAAUGAAAGUAAGAGGAGGUAUUUUACUAUAGAUAUGGAAAUGCUUGGGAUUUUUUAAAUACAGAUAAUAUACCUGAACUUACACUGCAUAUUUGUAUUAGUUAACUUUAACUAAGAUAAAAAUAGUAUGAAUUAGGCUAGUUGAAAACAUGCGAAUCCCAAGCAGCUGAAUAAUUAUGUAUGAGAAAAGCAGAAUGUAUUCAGUCAUAUCGCUAAUAACUUCUCAGCAUAAAAUUCUAAAAAUGGCAUUGUAUUGAAGCCUUCUUCAGAAGAAAGUAUUUAUUGUCGGCCUUUUGCUCAGCAACACGGCUAAGCUGGACAAACUGAUCUUAAAGUUCUAUUUGUAAAAUUAGCCAUGUAUAAAAUGUAAAGACAAGCUUGUAAUUUAAAAUGUAUUUACAACAUUGACAACACUAAUUAUUUAGUAGUCACAUCAAAAAAAUGUAUCAAUAAACUGUGGUUGGAAUCGAGCGUCACCUGUAUGUCCUUGUGGAGAUGCUGUUCAGUGAGCAAAUUUUCACUUUGUUGGUGUAACUAUACUGCAUUGCUUCCUGUUAAAAACAGCAAAUUUUGCUUUUGUAAAUGAUUUACAUCUUUAACUGUGCACCUGCUGUGUGGAUUUAAUAUAAUGUAAAUUUCUCUAUAUAGGUAGCUAAUAAAUUAAUUAAUAUCUUUUUAUAUGUAACUUGAAACUGAAUGUGGUUAAAACCACACUGAUUAGUUGGGUAUUUUAAUCUAAAACAUUCUGCCUUGGGAACAAAUUUUGUUUGCCCUUCUACAUUCCUUCAUCCAAGUAAGCCAGCAGACCAAAUGGAAGAAGAAAAAAGGCAUCUAAAACAAACAUAUGCAGCAAGCAAAUGGAAAAUACACAAGAAAAAUGUGCAGUCAUUAAAGGGCUUCCCUUUAGACUUAUUUUUGUGAACAAAUCCAGCCUCAUUCUAUGUGGCAGACUCCGCGAUAUCAGAGGAUGAAUUUUCCUAUUUUAUGAGCCCAAAACUCCCAGGGUAUAGGAUUUGUUGAAGUAUGUAAUAGCGGGCCUAUUUUACAAGUGUUAGCAUAUCAACGCAUAUUAAAAUUAUAGCACUUCUAGUCUGAAUUAUGACAUAUUGCACUUGGUAUUUUAGAAAAACUUAAUCGGUUCUUAA